GGCUGCAGAACACAAGGAGAGAGAGAGAGAGAGAGUGAGCUGAGGAGAGGCUGAAUGACAUUUUCUUCUCUCCACACCCAAAUCUGUGGAAAAUUCCUCCAGUUUGCAGCUGCUGUGGAGCUAAGGCGCUAAUGCUAAUGCUAACACUCACCAAGCACAAGCAGAGGAAGAAGAAGCCGUGUGUUAAAUAUUGGAUUUCUGUUGCAUCCCAUCAUUGAAGUACACCGGCUCACCUUCCAAUCUGGGUUAGGAGGCUAAAAAAAACACAAACCAGGUGCCCUGAACGCAGCGUGGACUGAUUUCCUCUGAAGACAAAAGAAGACCCACGUGAAAGGACCCCCCCACCCCACCCCACCCCCUCCAGGUGGACAAGUCCAACCUGUGUUUCCUGUUUGGGGAGCGUCUGCUCGUUACUUCCUGCUCGUCUGUCACCCUGGGGAAGGCAAAGCUACUCCAACCCCCCCGUUUCCCCCCCUCCUCUUCAUCUUCACCGCCGUCGUCAUCAUCGUCAUCCUCCUCCGGCCCUUUUAAGCCGGCGUCCCGCUGCACCCUGACCUCCGGCUUCAGGUGGAGGCGCUUCCUGCUCCCCGGCUCGUCCGUCAUGCACAUCAAGACCACCAAGUGUAACCGCUUCUGCCUGGUCGCCACGGUGACCAGCCAGGAAGUGUUCAACCGUCCUGAGGCGCAGACCAGUUUCGAGGCCUUGUUCCGCUCCUUCGACCCGGCGGUCCAGUUCCAGUACUUCAAGUCUUUCCGUCGGGUCCGGAUCAGCUUCAGCGACGCGCUGGCGGCCGCCGAAGCCCGACUGCGACUGCACAAGAGCAACUUCAACGGCAAAGAGAUGAGGCUGUACUUCGCCCAGUCCGUCCACAUAGGGAGUCCUCGACUGGAACCUCCCAAACCGGAGAAACAGUUCCUGAUCUCCCCCCCGGCGUCCCCCCCGGUGGGCUGGGAACAGUCUCAGGACGCCACGCCGGUCAUCAACUACGACCUGCUGUGUGCCAUCUCCAAACUGGGACCAGGGGACAAGUAUGAGCUCCACACAGCCACGCCCACCACCCCCAGCGUGGUCGUGCACGUGUGCGAGGACGAGCGCGGCGACAGCUCAGCCCCGGACGACAGCGACCAAGAUGAGAAGCCCCGCCCCCCGCGGCCCAAGAUCAUCCAGACGCGGCGUCCUGACUACACGCCCGGCGUCAAGCAGUGAGCGACGGUGAGGGGGGCGUGGCCAACGCCGUAACGGCUACAACAUUUCAUCCUGACGUGAUUGGUCAAGAGCUGAACAUGCUGUCAGAGCUUUGAGGAAGGGGUGGGGACUUUGAAACGGCGCCCGAGGGCGCUGCGACGUCCCGUAGACGAGCAUUUCAUAAGACGGAGAGAGAGAAAACCUAGUGUCGAAUGCUGCAUUCAUGUCCCAUGGGAAAGACAGGACAUACGAGCUUCUUUGGGUCAAUUCAUGCUCAGUUCAGCUUUGAGUUCAUCUGAGGUUUGGACGUUCAGUGGAUGUCGACGAUCAUGUGUUCGAAUGUUUGAUCAUCCAGCGUUCGGAGGCUUUUCAUGUGUGUCUUUUUUCUGUGUAAAACAAAAACGCAUCCUGAACCCGAUGAGACUGAAACACAUCAUGUGUGUUAUGCUGCCUUCAGGUGCUAUGGGAAUGUGGUAAACGCUAGUUAUGAACACUCCCCUAUGUCGCAUUUUCCACUGGAGAAGUGGGAAAAAAUGUUGAUAAAAAUGACCUUUGACCUUUUCAACAUGGCGGAUUCACCACGAAUGAUAAACGAUGCUUUUCUUAACGACCUGCUGCCGUUAGCCACGAUUUCACACAUUUAGAACAAACACAGAAGAAUGAACGCAUCCAAAACUGUUUUACCCAAGUAACAGGUCAUGAUAAAAUGUGUUUCUGACAUUUUCUUUAUUUUGCUACGACACAAGUGUCAAACAUGCGUCCCGGGGGCCAAAUCCGUCCCCCCAAAGGGUCCAGUCCGGCCCUGUAGGAUGAAUUUGUGAAAUGCAAAAACAGAUAUU